UGUUGGUGCAGGUCUUGACAACUUUGUGUUUGUGUCGUGUUAUUAUUAAAUUAUUUAUUAGUUAUAUAAAAAAUAUAAAUGAUAUCUACGAGACUUGUCUGAGAUCUUCACAGAACUAGUUAAGUUUAGUAGGUGAUAAUUGUUUUGAGUCGUGUCCAUUAUAAUUUUAAAUACCUACAAUUCCACGUGCUGGAGAUAGCUAAACUGAACCCGGUUUAUUUUUUCCCUUUGAGUUAUUGAUAUUUUUUAUUAGAAACUAUGGAUAAUAUAGAUGAAGUAGAUUUAAAACCGGUGAAGAGAUCGCAGAAAAAUGUUUAUAGAUGUACCCUGUGUGGCUUUAAAACACGACAUAAAUCAAGUCUUAACAAGCACAGAGAUAUUCACUUAGCGCCGGAAGAACGACAGUUAUUUGCUUGUGCACACUGUGACAAGAAAUAUAGAAAAAAAGAUAACUUAAAAGAUCAUCUCGAGUAUAAUCAUAUUGAUUCAUUAAUAAAGAUGAAUGAAUCGCAGAAAAAGGUCUAUAGAUGUUCUAUAUGUAGCUACCAAACACGACAUAUGACACACCUUCGUCGACACGAGGAAGUUCACGUGGCGCCGGAAGAACGACAGUGGUUUGCUUGUGCGCACUGCGAAAGAAAAUAUAUGACAAAACGCAACUUAAUAGACCACCUUAAGGAUAAUCAUACUGAUUCCAGGUUGAAAGAAGUCCAGAAAAAGGUCCAUACUUGUUCCACAUGUAGCUACCAAACACAAUAUAUGUCAAAACUUAGCCGACACGAGAAAGUUCACUUGGCACCGGAAGAACGACAGAUGUUUACUUGUGCGCACUGUAACAACAAAUAUAGAACAAAACACGGCUUACAACGUCACCUCAAGCAUGAUCAUGUUGGUUCCAGGGAGAAGGAGUCGAAUGAAUCGCAGGAAAAGGUCUAUAGAUGUACCUCAUGUAAUCACCAAACACGACAUAUGGCAAGUCUUCGCCAACACAAGAAAAUUCACUUGGCACCGGAAAAACAACAGAUGUUGGUUUGUGCGCAGUGUGACGAAGAAUUUAUGUCAAAUCGGAUCUUACAAAAUCACAUCAAGCGUGAUCAUAUUGAUUCCAGAAAUGCUGAUUGUAUAUCUCCAAAUGAUGAAGUGGUAUUAGAUUCUUUAAAAAUAGAAAUUGAUGAUUACACUCCACAUUUGGAUGACUUUAAAAAUGCCGAAUGUCUGUCUAUUACCAAUAAAGUAAAAUCAGAAGAUUUUUUUAAAAUAGAACCUGAUGAUGUAGAACCGGUUCUGAAUAAAAACAUGCACGGUGACUUUACAACUACCGAAAAUCUAUCUGUAACUGAGAAGAUAUAUAUUACCUUAGAAGAUUAUAUAAAAAUGGAAGCUGACGAUGACGAUGAAGACACGCGAUUUUAGACGAAGAAAAUAUUCAUAACAUAAUCUUAAGAAUUUAAUUUUUUUUACUAAUCUUUUUAAUUUUCAUAUGCAGAUUUUUAUAUUUUUAAGCUGUAUACAGUAUGUACCCGGAUUUUCUUUUACAAGAGGAAAAAGUUUUUUAUUAUUGAUAUUUUGAGAAAAAAUCAUUCUUCAUAAAAAAAAUUGCUUG